AUGGAGAGGAUCGAGGGGGUGGCCGUGAGCCGCUGCGUCGACUCGCCUUACCUGCGGCCACUCACGCUGCACUACCGUCAGAACGGCCUCCAGAAGUCAUGGGACUUCAUGAAGACACAUGACAGCGUGGCCGUGCUCCUGUUCAACUCAUCCAGGAGGAGCCUGGUGCUGGUAAAGCAGUUCCGGCCAGCUGUGUACGCAGAUGAGGUGGAACGCCACUUCCCAGGGUCCCUGGCAGCGGUAGACCAGGACACACCCCAGGGACUGCAGUCAGCUCUGCCCGGCUCAGUGGGGGUGACAUAUGAGCUGUGUGCAGGCCUCGUGGACCAGCCAGGGCUCUCCGUGGAAGAGGUGGCCUGCAAAGAGGCCUGGGAGGAGUGUGGCUACCGGCUGGCCCCCUCUGACCUGCGCCGAGUUGCCGUGUACAAGUCUGGCGUGGGGCUGACGGGCUCCAACCAGACGAUGUUCUACGCGGAGGUGACUGAUGCCCAGCGUGGCAGCUCAGGUGGGGGCCUGGCAGAAGAGGGUGAACUCAUAGAGGUGGUACACCUGCCCCUGGACGGUGCCCAGGCUUUUGCAGACAACCUGGACAUCCCCAAGACCCUUGGCGUCAUCUUUGGCAUCUUCUGGUUCCUCAGCCACGUGGCUCCUGGCCUAGGUGCCCAGAUCACUAAGCCCAAGGCCACCACUGACAUCCCUGGGAGGGAGGUGAGGUUUGGGGACAAGGAAGCCUGGGUCCUGGCCUGGGCGUCAUUCGAGGGUCGGGCCCGGCCAUCCUUGCGCCAGUGCCAAGCCCGGCGCACAACCUGCGCCCAGGAGCGUUGGUUGACCCGCCGCUCCACAGGCGCCGCUGUGGAAGGAGGGAAGGGGCGUCGGAGGCGAGCAGCGCCCCCUGCGGCUGGCGUGGUGGCCGCAGGGGCGGCGCGGGCCGAGGGAAGGGGGCGCGCAGUGGGGGCUGGGCUCCGCACGGGUCCCAGGCUGCGGCGCCCCACCUGGGGACCAAGGCUCUGA